AGAUCUUUCUAGAACCUCAUUUGUGGAACGAACGACCACUUCUUAAUAUUCUCAAAAGUUCCCCCACAAACCCCUCUUCUCGCCCCCAUCCUCUUUAUUAGGGCUUUACUCUCCACAAUUCCAUUCCACAAGUUCGUCUUCUCAUUCUCAAACUAUUGAGGAAAGUAACAAGUUGCAGUUCUUAACAAAGGAUGAGUGUGGUCGGGUUUGAUCUCGGGAACGAAAGUUGCGUUGUGGCGGUUGCGAGACAAAGGGGGAUUGACGUUGUUCUUAAUGACGAGUCGAAGCGUGAGACGCCUGCUAUUGUGUGUUUCGGUGAGAAACAGCGGUUUCUUGGAACAGCUGGUGCUGCGUCGAGCAUGAUGAACCCGAAGAAUACUAUUUCUCAGAUUAAGCGGUUGAUAGGGCGGCCUUUUUCUGAUCCUGAGUUGCAACAGGAUCUUAAGGCGUUGCCGUUUGCUGUUACCGAGGGACCUGAUGGGUUCCCGUUGAUUCAUGCUCAGUAUCUUGGGGAAACGAAGACGUUUACUCCGACUCAGGUUAUGGGUAUGGUUUUUUCGAACAUGAAGACGAUAGCUGAAAAGAAUUUAAAUGCAGCAGUUGUGGAUUGUUGCAUUGGGAUUCCGAUUUAUUUCACUGAUCUUCAAAGACGGGCUGUUAUGGAUGCGGCUAAAAUAGCUGGGUUGCAUCCUUUACGGUUGAUGCAUGAGACAACUGCAACCGCUUUAGCGUAUGGAAUAUACAAGACCGACUUGCCUGAGAAUGAGCAGCUCAAUGUAGCCUUUGUCGACAUUGGGCAUGCUAGCAUGCAGGUCUGCAUAGCAGGCUUCAAGAAAGGCCAAUUGAAGAUAUUGGCUCAUUCAUUUGAUCGCUGUCUUGGUGGGAGGGAUUUCGAUGAGGUUUUGUUCCAACACUUUGCCGAAAAAUUCAAAACAGAGUACAAAAUUGACGUGUUUACGAACGCAAGAGCUUGCCUUAGGCUUCGUGCUGCAUGUGAAAAGCUGAAGAAAGUACUUAGUGCAAAUCCAGAGGCACCGAUGAACAUAGAAUGCUUGUUGGAUGACAAAGAUGUUAGAGGUUUUAUAAAACGAGACGAGUUUGAACAAAUUAGCACUUCAAUAUUAGAACGUGUAAAGAAACCUCUGGAGAAGGCUCUUUCGGAGGCUCAACUCACAGUUGAUAAUAUAUAUGCUGUGGAGGUUGUUGGUUCGGGUUCUAGGGUUCCGGCUGUAAUCAAGAUUUUGACAGAAUACUUCGGGAAAGAGCCGAGGCGUACCAUGAAUGCAAGCGAGUGUGUCUCUAAAGGCUGUGCUCUGGAAUGCGCUAUUCUUAGUCCCACCUUUAAAGUUAGAGAGUUUCAGGUCCAAGAAAGCUUUCCGUUCUCAAUUGCUUUAACAUGGAAAGGAUCUGCACAAGAAUCCCAGAACGGAAACGCGGAGAAUCAACAAAGCAGUAUUGUAUUCCCGAAGGGAAAUCAAAUUCCCAGUGUGAAAGCUUUGACUUUCUACAGGACUGGCACAUUUUCAGUUGACCUACAGUAUGCAGAUGUCAGUGAAUUGCAGGCACCGCCAAAAAUCAGUACUUACACGAUUGGUCCAUUCCAAGCAACACAAGGUGACCGUGCGAAGGUCAAAGUAAAAGCCCGUUUGAAUUUGCAUGGAGUUGUCUCUGUGGAAUCUGCGCAGCUUAUUGAAGAAGAGGAAGUUGAAGUUCCAGUGUCGAAAGAACCAUCAAAGAUGGAUGUUGAUAAGGCUCCCGCUGACGUGGCGUCUACCAAUGAAACUGAUGUAAAUAUGCAGGAUGCUCCUGUGACUGAGAACGGUGCUCAAGAGGCAGGAGACAACCCUGUUCAGAUGGAGGCUGAUACCAAGGUGGAGGUUCCAAAGAAAAAGGUCAAAAAAGUCAACAUACCAGUUUCUGAGUUGAUCUACGGGGCAAUGUUAGCUGCUGAUGUGGAGAAAGCAAUAGAGAAGGAGUUUGAAAUGGCGUUACAGGACCGGGUUAUGGAAGAAACAAAGGACAAAAAGAAUGCUGUGGAAGCCUAUGUCUAUGAUAUGAGGAACAAGUUGCAUGAUAAAUUGCACGAGUUUGUUACGGAACCAGAGAGAGAAGCGUUUAUAGCUAAACUUCAAGAAACCGAAGAUUGGUUGUAUGAAGACGGUGAAGAUGAAACUAAAGGUGUAUACAUUGCCAAACUUGAUGAGCUCAAAAAGCAAGGUGAUCCCAUUGAACAACGGUACAAGGAGCACGCUGAAAGAGGAUCUUUUGUUGACCAACUGGUCAGUGUUAUUAACGGGUACAGGCAGGCUGCGGCAUCUGGUGAUCAGAAGUAUGAACACAUUGAUUUAAGUGAGAAGCAGAAGGUCUUGAACGAGUGCUUAGAAGCCGAAACUUGGUUGCGAGAGUCGCAGCAACUUCAAGACACGCUUCCUAAGCACGCUGAACCUGUUCUUCUGUCAUCAGAUAUUAGAAAGAAAGCAGAAACAAUUGAUAGGGUCUGUAGGCCAAUAAUGUCGAAACCGAAGCCAGCACCGCCAAAGCCAUCUACUCCCGAGAAACCGUCUUCACCUGCACCAACUCAGGAAGGUGAGCAGCCUACUCAAGCCGAGAGUGCCCCAAGCCCGAACCCAAGUGAGGAAAACAAUGAGGAUUCUGAUGAGCCAGCAGCAAUGGAAACAGAGAAGCCUGAGGCUGCAGCAUAAGGCCUAGUGAUUGGUUUUGUGUCGAUUGUGUGUUUUAUGGAGGACUGGGUACGCGUUUCAUUUGUAUAAUCAUGAAGAUAGGUUUUGGUGGGUUUUCGGGUGACAUUAGUCACCCGAUCUAUUUUGUUGGAUCCGUUAUCUUGGUUUAAAAUUAUUUGAAAGUGAAGGUUUAGGUCCACGUACUCGAGGGUGUGUUCAAUUAGCAAGAUUAUUGGUUUUUAGUGGAUGCAAUUGAAACAUGUACCUGUAUUCUGGAUGAAUUUUGCUAAAUGUCCCCUUUGAUUUGCACAAAAUUGUUUAGUGCAUCCUA